UUCACCUGUACUGACCUCACCUGGGCUGAACUUCCGCAAAGUAUCGCAACAGAAGAAGAAGAAGAAGAAGACGCCGAGCCCAGAACCGGACCCGAACCGGACCAGAACCAAGAUAUGGACGUGUCUCUGAGCGAUGAGCCGCUCCUGAAAGCAACCCUGAUAGUGAGCGGUGGUGGGACGGACGCAAAGCGAGACAAAGAUGAACCUGCGACCACGUUGGAGCCCGGGACGCUGCAGUGGCCGGAGGACAGAGAGAAGGGGACGGGGGGAGGAACAGACGGGGUCAUCGCGAAGUCAGACGCGUCCAGCUGGACGGAGAGCGAGCGGGGCCGCCGGAUGGAGAGGGCGGAGCUUACGGGUGAGGGGCGGGGCCAGCUGGAGGAGAACCGGCUUCCAGAGAAAGCUGCUCAGGUGUUCAGCCCGGCUGUCACCGUCCUCCCCUCCCCCGCCGCCUCCAGAGACACAGAGGCAUCCUGGGAAAUGGAAUCAGAGAGGAGUCCCUUCCUGAGCCCUCGCCAGGUGGACUACAACCAACAUGGCUACCAGUUUGACUUCCCUGAGGACACGCCCCCUUCCACCUAUAAAGGGAGAUGUUCAGGCAGAGAUGCACUGAAGCUAGGCGUCUCCUUGAUGACAUCAGCGCUGCUCUUCCCGUUCCUGGUGUGGGGGGGGUACGUCUUCCUGCCGUUCGACGCCCCCCCGCUGGACGGCGCUCCCCUCAGGCUGGUCUACACUCUGCGCUGCUCUGUGUUCGCCGCCGCUCCCGUUGUCCUCGGUUGGCUAGUCCUGGGCGUCAGCCGGCUCCGCUCCGGAUCCACUCAGCCGGUCGUUGAUGACGUCGUCAAGGAGGCGGAGCUUCAGGAAGUCUCCGUCCACCGACGCUUCAUCUCUGACUCCGCCUCCCUCUUCCUGAUCUACUUCCUGGAGCUGGUUGUCAUGGCAAUGUACCUGACCCAGGAGCAGCUGAAGCUCGUCCCCCUGCUGUCCAUCGUCUUUGCCUUCGGCCGGUUGGCGUACUGGCUGGCGGCGGCGUUCGGCAGCAGCCUCCGCGGUUUCGGCUUCGGCCUUUCCUUCCUGCCCAGCCUCGUCAUGAUGGCGGCCAACUUCUACUUCUUGUUCACGGUGGAGUCGGCGGGGUCGGUGUUCGGCGCCGCGCCGCCGCCGGACGAGGCGCUGCCUCCGUCCACAGGCAGACAGAGGUUCUGGGGAUGAUUUUCUCUCAGUAUGUUUAUGAACUGGAGAAACUGGAAGCUCCGCCCACUUCUUUCAGGUUUUCAGUUCUUUUGUAGGAAGGACACAACUUUCUAUUUUGUAAAUAUGGACUUUCAUUGAAUCAAUUUUUAUCAGCCAACUGUGCUCAUAGUUUGGGUUUGUAUAAAAUUCAUCAAAGGUUUCACAAUAAAAGCAUCAAUUUA